UUUACAACCUGCUGUUGACCAAUCAUCAGCCUCCGUCAAUGCAAAGUAGGUGGUUAAAUAUUAGCUGCAGUACAGUGAUUCCUGUUUCCAUUAGAAAGGUUUCUUCAAUUGCUGAAGCAGGAGGACCUGACUGAUCACCCUUGUUAUACAAAGCACGUGAAGCAGGAGGACGACUACAGCCAUGAGGCUUUUCUGUCUACUGCAGCUGGUCUACUUGGCUGGUUGUAGUGCAUCUACAUCAAGAGAUUGGGCUCAUCAUGGCGCUCCUAUGUUUGCCGACCUCACAGUACGUGAGAUGAAAGCUGUUCGGGCCUACCUGCAUGGUAUUCAAGAGUUGGAGCUCACUGAUGCUCGUAGCAAGACUCUGAUGAAAAACAGCAUCCUCCUGAUAGAACUCCAUCUGCCAAGAAAGCAUGAAGCCCUGAGAGCUCUGGACCGUGGACAGGCCAAACCCCCACGUCAAGCGCGUGUGAUCAUCCAGUUCGGGAACCAAACCAACCCCAACAUCACUGAGUACAUUGUCAGUCCUCUGCCGACCCCAAAGACCCACGAAGUCAAGACUUUCAAGGGUGAUAGGCCUGUCCGCUUUGAGUCAAGGCCUAUUUCUACAGUAGAGUAUGACCAUAUUGAUGAUUUCCUCGAGAAGAUUGCGAUUAAAGCUCACAAGCUCCUGUUUGAGACCACAGGAGGGUUUUCCUACACUAACUGCUCUGACCGCUGCCUGACGUUCUCAGACAUAGCUCCCCGUGGGCUGGAUCCAGGUGAGAGGAGAAGCUGGAUCAUGUUGCAGAAGUUUGUGGAGGGGUAUUUCAUCCACCCAGUUGGGUUCGAAGUUCUGAUCAACCACCAUGAUCUGGAUCCAGAAAAGUGGACUGUUGAGAAGGUCUGGUACAACAGCAUGUACUUUGACAGUGUUGAGGAACUGAUAGAAAAAUAUGAAUCAGGAGGUGUGGAGAAGAUCAAACUGCCCGAUCAUGAUGACAAGGACCUCUACUCCACCUACAUCCCCCGGGGCCACAGCAACACUCGCACUAAUAUCCAUGGUCCGAAGCUUGUGGAGCCUCAGGGACCUCGCUAUGAAGUUGACCGCAACUUUGUUGAAUAUGCCGGAUGGUCUUUCGCCUACCGAGUCCGCUCAUCCGCUGGGCUUCAAGUCUUUGAUCUUCGUUUUAAUGGAGAAAGGAUUGCUUAUGAGAUCAGCCUCCAAGAAGCUAUUGCCUUCUAUUCUGGUGAUACUCCCGCUGCCAUGCAAACAAAGUACAUCGAUGCUGGUUGGGCAAUGGGCACCUUAUCCUACGAGCUGGCGCCUGGAAUCGACUGUCCAGAAAUUGCCACCUUUGUGGACCUUUACCACUACUAUGACACCGACAAACCUGUGCGCCACAAAAAUGCACUCUGUAUCUUUGAGAUGACCACUGCUACGCCUUUAAGAAGGCAUUUUAACUCUGACUUCAAGGGUGGAUACAACUUCUAUGGAGGGCUGGAUAACACGGUGCUGGUGUUGCGGACAACCUCAACGGUUUACAACUAUGAUUACAUCUGGGACUUCCUCUUCUACCAGAAUGGGGUGAUGGAGGUAAAGGUCAGCGCUACCGGAUACAUCCAUGCCACUUUCUUUACACCUAACGGACUUCACUAUGGUACCAAGGUGUACAACUAUGUGCUGGGUAACCUGCACACACACCUCAUCCAUUAUAAAGUGGACCUGGAUAUUGCUGGGCGAGAGAACAGCUUUGAGACGAUGGAUCUGAAAUUUGUCAACUUCACCAAUCCCUGGAGCCCAAAGCAUUUCAUCGUCCAGCCCAAACUCCACAGAACAGAGCACAAGACCGAGCGAUCUGCCGCUUUCCGCUUUGGCAAAAAGUUCCCCCGUUAUGUGCAUUUUUACAAUGCCAAUGAGAAAAAUAAAUGGGGACACCAGAAGGGAUACCGGAUUCAGUUUAACUCACAUGCCCACAGUGUCCUUCCAAGAGGCUGGAGAGAGGAAAAUGGCAUUAGUUGGGCAAGGUAUCCUCUGGCUGUGACUCGCCAUAAAGAUAGUGAAGCCACCAGCAGCAGCAUAUACACCCAGUGUGACCCAUGGGAACCUGUUGUGUCCUUUGAGGACUACAUCCGCAACAAUGAAGACAUAGUCAACCAGGACCUGGUAGCCUGGGUGACAGUGGGCUUCCUGCAUGUGCCUCAUUCAGAAGACAUCCCCAACACGGCAACACCCGGCAACGCCGUGGGCUUCUUCCUCCGGCCCUUCAACUUCUUCAAUGAAGACCCUUCGUUGUCUUCCAGAAGCACCAUCAUUGUCCGGCCGGGACAGGACGGCAAGCCCAAGAUCCAGAGAUGGACACCUGAGGUCGUAGGUCACUGUGUGACAGACAAGCCAUUCUUUUAUAAUGGCACUCUUGCACGAGUCUAGAGGUGUUUUUUGGGUUUCCCAAAAAGUGGUUUGGCUCUAAAACAAUUUUUGCAAGGACCUCAGAUUAUAUAACAAUCAAUUUAUAAUAUAUAAGGUCAGAUUUAUUCUUAAUGUCUUACAAUGUGACAGCCUUAUGAGAUUUUGUGCAAUGUUUAAAUUUGUGAAAGAAACUAAAUCCAUGUAUUAAGAAAAUAAUAAAGAAUUAGAGCAUUUAAAAAAA